AUGGGCGGCACACUCAGUCCGGAGCAGAUCAUGUACAUCGUACGGAUUGUCGUUGUCGUACUAGCUCUGAUCCCGAUGGUGGUCCUUUUCGCAAAGCUCGUCCGCAAGCCAGGAUACCGCCAUGACACGACACGCAGAUGGGUAGACUACACAAAGGUUGGCUUUGGCCUCUGGAUGCUAUCGCACCUCCUCUACAUCGCCGUCUGGUCCUGCCUCGCCAGCGCUGCAUAUGACAGGUUCUUCGCGCCGCGACACUCCGUCGGCGUAGCCGUCAAUGUGCUUAUCUACAUGCAAUUCUUCGUCGAAGUCGUGCUCAACCUCUCAUUUUUCCUCGCCGUCUUCUACAUGGCACACGCCCUGACACAGCUCCGGACCGAGGGCGAUGAGGUCUCGAGCGCCUAUCGCAAGGGCCGUGGCUUCGCCCUUGGCGGCUCGAUUUUGGUCGUCCUGCUUUCGUUCGUUGCAUUCUGUCUCUACCUCGACGACAGGUUCGGCAGAUAUUACAAGGAAUACGAGUAUCUGGUCGCGUCAUGCUUGAUGCUUGCCUCUUACAGCAUUUUGAUCAUCAUGGCCAUCGGGUCUGUUGUGUAUGCUGCAAAGUCACGCAAGAAGGCGUUCGGUAGCGGAUUGGAACAGGCGGCCAAGAUCGUGGUGACUGUUUCCUCCCUCUUUCUCGUUCGCGAGUGUUGGGGCCUGGUCAACGUCUUUUUCGGAGGCGGGUCCUACUGGGGUUACUAUAUCGUGCUCUGUGUCUUGGACAUCGUCCUGACGACUUACCUACCCCUCGUCAUUCUGGUCCUGCUCUACUCCGUGGCGACGAAGGAGUCUUACGCCAUGUCCAAGAUGCAGUACCAAUCGAAAGCCAUUGAUUCCGACAAGGGCGUUUGA